AUGAAUUAUAAGAAAAUAUUACGAAGGCCAUUAGAUGUUCAUGCUUGCGAACUACCAAAAACGUCGCAAAGUAAUUUACCAAAAUUACCACCAAGUGCAAAAUUUCAUGCCCGGUGGAAACGAAAUUUUCAGAAACAUAUUCUAGUUUCCGUGAGCCAUCCACUAACGCGAAACAUGCUACGUAGUAACGCUGCUAUCGCUUUUGAAAAACGAAGACAUGGCCGUUCAGGAUUCUGGUGGGUAAUACAUCCCUGCAGUGAUUUAAGGUUUUGCUGGGACAUCUUAAUGACGUUCACUUUUCUGUACAUGUUGAUAACUGUACCAUAUAUUCUGGCAUUUCAUAGAGUAGCAAAAAGUUCUGAUUCAGACAGUUGGAGUCUAGUGUAUCCUGUGUUCAUAAUAUGUAUAUUUGAUAUUGCUUUAAAUUUUAUCACUGGAGUCUGUUCACCCGAUGGCCAUGAAAUCUUUUUAGAUCCAGUUCUAAUAGCAUGGCACUACAUAAAAAGCCAUUUCUUAUUUGACCUGUUAUCUUCGAUUCCAUACGUAUGGUUUCAUAAAUACACUAUCUUACCUCCAGGGCCUAACUCAAACUCUGUCUUCUUAAUUCCUGAAUUCUUACCACUACUGAAGGUCGCACGCUUACGUACAUUGCGUUUCUAUGUAAAGCAAAUAGCUACAGAGGCUGAACUCUAUUAUAUUACCACAGGGCUGUACCAAAAAUCCAACUCAAAUAUUUAUUUAAUGUGCUUUCAUAUGGGCCUGAGUAACUUCUUUGCAUCAAGUUUCAUUGAACUUUAUACCCUAAGUAAAAAUGAUACAGCGGUACGUUGCACGAUUUUAUUGCUAGGAAAGGGAUGUUUACUGUAUGUUAUAGUAAUGGUUCUGCAAUUGGCGAAGUCAGGCGCGGAACCAGAACUGAAAUAUCAGCGAAUUAUGUAUAGGGUGAACGAAUAUAUUCGCGAAAAAAAACUUCCAGAUCGACUAAAAAAUAAACUCCUUGCAUAUUAUGAAUACCGUUUUCAAGGAAGUUUUUUCAAAGAGAAAGCCAUAUCCAGCACCAUAUCAAAUCAUUUGUACCAAGAAAUCAUGAUUCACAGUAGUCGUGGACUAUUAGAUACAGCGACGCUCCUUCAUUAUUUACCACGUAAUGUUAUCGGAAAUUUAAUGGGGAUUUUAAAACCAGUUAUUUAUUUGAAAGAAGAUAUUAUUUAUCAAAGCGAAUCUGAAGGCGACUAUAUGUUCUUUAUAAUCAGUGGUACCGUUACUCUAAUUACUUUUCAUGGAAAAGAAAUAUGCCAUGAAAAAGAUGGAGGCCAUUUCGGAGAAGGUGCUUUAAUUUUUCCUGAUCGAAGGAGAUUGGAGACCGUAAUGGCGCUUGAAGUCUGCGAGUUGCUGCGUUUAAAUCGACGCGAUUUCAAACGAAUGUUUUCCUCGACAUCGACUUUUUAUAAGAGACUCGAAAAAAUUGCAAAGGAGAGGCAGGAGAGAAUGUUACUUUUGAGUAACAGCCGCCAAACAUAUUUGAGUAAUGUCGCCCAGACAGCGAAUACUAUGGAAAAUAAUCAGAAGAACGAACAUGCUGAAACUCCGAUGAAUGACAUUACCAAAACAGAAAAUGAAAAUAAAACGAAUUAA